GUUUCAUAUGAAUUUCCGCUUUCUGGCCCUUUCGGCCGAAUGCAACCACACGCAAUAUCAGUGCAAUCAAGUUGAAUGUGAAUGAUCUCCAACAACUUCUAUUGUCAGCUUCUAGAACGAAAUGACGUCUUUUGCAUUUGUAUUUGCGCCCGUCUCCACCAGUUCCAGGUCGUGAUCCACUUCGAUGUGCCUCUAGGAUUCGUCCUAGCAACAGCCCCUUUUCGGCAGAUUACACUCUGGCUUAUUUCUACACGCCAAGCGCACAUCACGACAUCCCUCAAUCUCCCCCUCAGGUGUCGUGGGUUUGUUCAAGGUCUAACCUCUGAUCUCGGCGCCGAUCAUGUCACGAGCCUUGCUAUCGCCGCUACGAUGUGCCUAAGACAAUCUAUCGACUCCACCUCCACCAUCCUCGUUGUUCAUACCCCUGGUGUUCAACGCACCCCAGGUUCCUUAAAGGAAAGAGCCUCGAGUCAGCUUCCGAAAACAGCGUGCCAUCACAUGAAGCACGAGUCCCUCUCUAGCCUUCCACGCGGAUGCGUCUCAUCGAUGUCGAUGUUCAUGUGUUGAUCUGCAAGGCAACAGAUCACUGACCCCUCUUGUUACUUAAAAUCGUAUGAUUAUAUGACUUCAGCAAGUCAAGUUGUUCAAGGCCGAU